GUGCGAGCUCCGGCGAACGUCGAGCUGAGCCAGGCAGCCAGCCAUUCAGCAGAUUUGCGAGGACUCAGCCGCAGGUGUUCUGCCGAGACUCUGGGAUCGUGAAGGGGGUGCCAUUGGUCAUGGCUGUGAAUUGAUGCUCGCCAGAUCUUGUCCCAGAGUUUGUUGCAGCCAUUCCAUUCCGUCUGUCCUUCGAUUUUGUCCCAUCCGCCGUGAUCGACGUUCGCUCUGAAUCUGGACCUGCGGCGACGAUAGACGCAGCUCCAGAGCUCCCCUCGUGGACCCAUCAGCACUAUUUGCCGAGAGUGGUUGGCGCAAAGAGUAGACGAGACGAGAGGAAUUUGGAGCACGAAGAUUCAGGUCUCUCGAAGUGGAUCAGAGAGCGUUGGCCCGACUGCAGGGGACCACCAAGAACUCCGGAUCCUUUCACCUACAAUAUGCUCUUCUGGUGCACUCGUGUUCUCUGAUUUGUACGUGAGUACAGUCAUCUCCCAUUGGACGUGAACAGAAGAGCAUAAAUUCGCAUUUCCUGCGUUCGCACUUGACACUGAGAGGAAUUCACUUCAGUAUAAGUCAAUAUUCUUACUAAGCUCUGGAGCUUGAUUGCGAGAUUGAUUGAUCUCUUCUGCGUUGCAUCGCACUCGGACAGGUGAGAUCUGUCCGGCCUUUCGCAUCUGAUACACCAUCGAUCUUCCGUGCUCUAGUUGUGCAUCUUGACCGACAAUCAGAGCGGGGAAGUUGUGAGAGAAGCCAAGAAAGAGCGACUCAGGACUGACGACAGCAAACAGACGAACUAUCGGAUCGGAGUCUCGACUGGAACACGAGUUUCAGUCGGUGAUUAUCCAGACCAAGACCUUCUUUCAAACUUACUUCAAUCUACACGAUCGAAUCGAAACUGAAAUGCUAGAAUACAACGAAAGGAAUCUCUGGACAAGCUGCUGUGAUUGGCUGAUCUAGACGGACUUGAUCACCAUGGAGUGAUAAACCAAUCACAGUCUCUUAUCAAAACCAAAGGCAGCGAACCAUGCAGCCUGCCAAAUCAGAGUACAGUUUUCAACCUGCUCAGGCAACUGAUGAAGUAGCAGGGAGAUUGUCUUGUCCUGUCCAAAGAUGUAACGCCCAGUCAUGCCCAGCUGUGUACCGAAGGACACGAUGGAGUCAGACUGUGAUGAAUCAUCUCCAUGCAGAACAUGGCUACCUUCAAGUUGCCGGUUUUAUAUCUGAUUUCAUGCGAUGUUGUUACAUAUCCUUGGCACUGAUAGCACCGAGAGCAACGGGAAAGGAGCAAAAAAGAGAGUCAAGUAUCUACGGCAAUGAAUAUUCGAGGUGCAGGUUAUGGAAGGAGUCUGCUUUUCGAUAUCAAAUAGAUUUCAAACUACACUGUCACAGGGAGACCUCACGUGUCUUGAGGAGUUGCAACUUUUGGUGUAAGAGGAGUGGGUGCUGGAAUGCUCACCUACGAGGUCGCCCUUCAAUUGCUGAUGCAUUCAUCAUCCGCGCAACCGGUAUGCUAUUUGGCCUUCUUUUGAGAGAGGGCAGUGGAACACCACAAAAAGAGAGGCCACAAUUGAUGACUGUAUAAUUGAAUUGGUGAGCCGGGAAAAUGAUGGUUUGAGGCGUUUGAUAGGCGAAGAUGAUUUGAAUGGGAUGAGAACGAUAAGCUAAGACAGCCUUGUUCGCACAGUGGGAUGCAGAAGAAAUAACUAUUGCACUGAGAAUCAACAUCAAAUUAUUCGUCUUAGAAGAAACCUCCAACAAAAUCACUUUUGGGAUUCCGUUCUUGUAAUAGUCCUAUCACGAAACUUCACAUAAACUGGAGGACUUCCGGAUUAUACGAUAACAAAUCAUAAGUGAACUGUUUUAACCGAUCCGAACUCCCUCUCCAGCAGUUUUUAGACGUGCUGAAGGUCAUCAGGAACUUUCUUCACGCCUCACCUCAUAUCCAAUGUCCAUCCGAAAAUCUCAGAACAUCCUCAUGCUUUUUUUUCUUUGAGUGAUUGGUUCAUCCGUUUGCGAUGAGAGGGCACGGUGCAGCUUUUUCUGCUUCAUAACAGAUCCUUCCUGUGACUGGACCCCCACGUGCACGAACACAUGAUUUCACC